CUCCCCCACCCGCUCCCCCGGUGGACGGCGCUCCGGCCGGCCGGCGCGCCUCCUGCUCCGCCGAGUUUAAUUUUAGGCGAACAUAAGGACUGAAAAUGGAUGAAAAUUGGGUAGAAGACUCGAAACGUAGUUCUGCUGCGGCAUCAUUCUCUGGGUCGGUCCCUAGUCAAACCACUUCACCAAGAAGAUUGAGGCAAAGAAACAUAUUUCAUCUAUUAAGUCACCGGGAGGUGUCUCCUCGAACAAAACACCAAGCUAAAAGGCAUUGGAAUAAGCCUCCUACUAGCGGCGCUGGUUUCACAGAGUUAAGAUACUUGGGAACAGAUGCUAAACAUGAUUUAUUUUCGUGGGCAGAAUCACAAUCCUUGCAUCGUUGGUCUGCAAAGUAUUGCCCUCUUAUGCCACCCCCUAGGUCAACUAUUGCAGCUGCAUUCAGUUCGGAUGGGAAAACGCUUGCAUCCACACAUGGUGACCAUACUGUUAAAAUAAUCGACUGCCAAACUGGGAAAUGUUUGAAAGUAUUGGGUGGGCAUCGACGCACACCUUGGGUGGUUAGAUACCAUCCAUUACAUUCUGACAUACUUGCCAGUGGGAGUUUGGAUCAUGAAGUCCGUCUUUGGGAUGCAAACACCUCAGACUGUAUUGGAUCUCAGGACUUCAGUAGGCCAAUUGCAUCCAUUGCGUUUCAUGCAAGGGGGGAGAUUCUGGCAGUUGCAUCAGGUCACAAAUUGUACAUAUGGAACUACAAUCGGCGAGGGUCGGAAGCCCCGACCAUUAUAUUAAGAACCCGCCGUUCGUUGAGAGCUGUGCAUUUUCAUCCUCAUGGUGCUCCAUAUCUUCUAACGGCAGAGGUUAACAAUCUUGACUCUGCAGACUCACAGCUGACCCACGCAACAUCCACUGGCUAUUCAAACUAUCCCUCGGCUUUGUUUUUUGCAAACAUCAACUCUAGAGGCUAUCCACAUCUUGAGUCUAACAUGUCAUCACCUUGCCUAAUUUGGCCUGCAUUCCUCAGGGAUGAUGGAAGUCUAUAUAUUCCUCGAAAUGACUUGGCUAGUGGUUCAACCCACGCGCAGCAGAGUUCAACAUCAGAUGCUGAAAACCAGCAGUCUGACCAGUUUGUAACCCCUAUGGAUGUAUGUCCAGGGGAACCAUUAGUGUCUAAUGAUGUUCAAAUGCCUUCCACGAGCAACAGUGUGCCAUUACCGGCAAUAGCCAGGCCUUCAGGAUCUGCUGUUCAUCGUAUGCCAGGGAAUUCAUUUACCACUAGUGGGUUAGAUGUUCAAAUGUUUCUAAGAAAUUCAGAGGGUGGAAAUCACCAUCACGACCUCUUCAGUGACUCGCGUAGUUGGGAACUGCCUUUUUUGCAUGGUUGGUUGAUGGCCCAAAGUCAUUCAGGCGCUUCUUCAUCGAUCCCGAUUCCCACUGGCAGUGCUAGAGGAUCAAAUCGACACUAUGCCUCACGCCCUCAUGCUUUGGCCUCUGUACCUGGGAUUGGGAGUCCACAGCUGGGUCCACAAAUUGAUGAAGCUGAGGCUCAUGCUGCCUCCUUAGGUGUUGGAUCAGAACUUACAACCUCACUAUUUUCUGCCGGGGCUGCCGAAUUACCAUGUACAGUGAAGCUUAGAGUAUGGCGGCAUGAUAUCAAGGAUCCAUGUGGUACAUUACAACUCGGGGCGUGCUGCUUGACAAUCUCUCAUGCUGUUCUUUGCAGUGAAAUGGGUGCCCAUUUCUCCCCUUGUGGACGAUUUCUCGUAGCUUGUGUUGCAUGCUUGCUGCCUCAAACAGAAGGUGACCAGGGUAGCCAAUUACCUGUGCAGUACGAGUCUACGGGAGCUGGAACAUCACCAACUCGUCACCCACUUCCCUCUCAUGGAGUUAUUUAUGAGCUUCGGGUCUAUUCUCUCGAGGAGGCAACAUUUGGAGAAAUUCUCACGUCAAGAGCAAUAAGGGCGGCCCAUUGUUUAACUUCCAUUCAGUUCUCGCCUACAUCAGAACACAUACUGUUGGCAUAUGGCCGUCGCCAUAGCUCUCUGCUUAGGAGCAUUGUUAUGGAUGGGGAGACAACUGGAAUCCCUGUAUAUACUAUCUUGGAGGUUUACAGAGUUUCGGACAUGGAGCUGGUAAGAGUUCUUCCUAGUGCUGAAGAUGAAGUCAAUGUUGCCUGCUUUCAUCCUUCCCCUGGAGGUGGUCUUGUUUAUGGGACCAAGGAAGGGAAGCUCAGGAUCCUGCAACACAAUGGUGCAGACGCGGCAAGCAUGGGGCUGAAUUGCUUUAUUGAGGAAAAUAUGCUUGAGGUUCAGAGGUAUGCGUUGGAAGGCUGAAUGAUCAUUUGCAGCAUGAGCUUGUAUGCCUGCCUUCUCUGAUUAUCUGUCCCAGCAGGAACUUUUGUCUGCAAGCUCCAUUUUGGUUCACAAGAGCCUCAAGGACUAGAACACAAAACCUCAUGAGCCGCCUCCUACUAAAUCAUGUCAUGGCAGAUGAAUCUUCAAGUUUGUUCAAGUGCAACAAACUGAUCUAUUGCUGCUUCCAGAGAUUGCAGCUGGCCGGUUCUAAUAGUGUAUCGUUUUGUAACUCUUAUUAACUCAGGUGCGUGCACAGGCGGUGUGAAGAUGUAAAUUGGCACGGCCACCGAUGCUGUCAAGUUUCCACGACCAUGUAAUUAUGAAACUGUACAUGUAAUAUCCAAUCAGCUUAACACAACUGCUGUUGUAUUUCAGAAAGUUCGCAAUCAGCUUAACACAACUCUUUUCAAGUUUCAAAUGUUUGCA